AUGGAUCGUCAGGAUGCCGCUGCUGCUGGCUGGGAUCCAGAAGAACAACUCUCAAAAUACGAUAGUCAAACUAAUUACAAGCAAGGUUUUGGGCGGAAAUUCGGCAUCCAGAAAGAUAGACAGAAUAAACCUACGUCAGGUUACGACGUUUAUAACAAUUUGGAAAAACGUGAGAAACAGAUAGGCUACGGAGGGAAAUUUGGUGUAGAGAAUAACAACCAAGGACGUAGCGGAGCUGGAUUUGACUAUAACGAAAAGUUAGCAUGA